CCUGACAUACAGGGAAAUUAAUGGAUUAAUCAGUUGAUUUUUAAUUAAAUGACCUCCACAAUUGUUCAGUGAGAUGAACUCAUUUUGAGAGAUUUAAUGUGUAAAGUGCAGAGAUGCUCCUGGGGCCCUGACAAGCUGUGACAGUGACAACCCAAAUCCUAAUUUAUCUAAAACAUAUUGGUUACGCCUGUUCUAAUAAAAAGGCUUGCAAAUAGAUAAUUUGAUUGACCACAUUAUAAUGUCUCUUGUACUGCCCGCUUCAUCUGAAAAUGAAAUGCAUUAAAUUCCCUUUGGUUUGCGAUGCAGAAACUAGUGCUUUGAGCUUUCUACAAAAGUGCACAGAUAUAUGAAGUGGUUAAGUGUGGAUUCUGGCUAUACUGAAGUGUUUACAAUCAAUAUACGCUAAUGUGCUCAGUGAUGCACUCUGCAAACACCGUCAUCACAGAUUGGACUGGGAAAGCUUCUUCUACACAUCCAUUUCUUAUGUAAUUUGUAAAUACAGCACCACCUCCUACAGACUCUCUCAAUCAGGCAGGCCUUUGUUAUUUAAGUGGAUGUGCUGGGGCAGAUGAUACUAGUAUGGAGAGGUGGAAAUAUCUGAUGUGCUAAUGUGUAUUUGGUCAAAGAUAUAUCCUAUUGUUCUUGCAUCAUUGAAUCAGGAACACUGCCGUGAGGAUGUAUUUGGAGCAAAGCACUUUGAAGUUACUGUCAGUGACGGAGGCUCUAUUUUAAGCCUUAAGUCCAUUCACACAAAAGGAAAGAGCUCAGCUUAAUAUGCUUGGAUUCUUAUCAGUGGUGUGAUUUUGCAUAAUUUCUGCUCACCGUGCUAGAGUCUGUUAACGGUUUUAGUUUUACAUUGCAAAUCCUCACAAAGAUCCACCUCGCUGCUUAAACUCCUGAAAAAUAUGUUGCUUAUUGAGGGCAUUUCCUUGUCCCUUCCUCAAAAGGCAGAGUCUAUUUUUGCCUUGUAGGGUGUUUGGAUUUUAAUCUAAUCAUGAAUCAGCAGGUAAUUCAAAAUGAGAAAUCUCUCAGCCGUAAGAUAUAGUCAGUAUGGGACCAGAGAUCAUGUGGCUUCAGGAGAAAAACCUGAAAGCCUAUUCUACAAAUAACCCCGCGAGCAGCUCUGUGAAAGCAUUAGUGUGACCUCAAAAAUAUAUUUGGCAAGACUGUUAGAUGGAGAGGAGUUCAAUGACUGCCAGAAAUGUACCGCAUGGUUUGAGAGGUGCAUGCGCUAUCUUUGACAUAUCGUCUGAACGACGCAUUUAAAGUAAAGAGAAUUUUUUGAGUCCAGUGUUUCGACAGUGAGCAGAUGGUGAUCAGGGAUGAAAAAUUGGUUGAAAGCUUUCAUGAAGAGAACCAUAUCCUCACUAACGUUCUGUGCAGAGGAAAAGAUGACCUCGCUGUCUGUGGUCUGAUUUUCUGUAGAUAUAUAUACAGUAAUUGCAUUUUUCACAAUCACAGUCUUUGUGCGUCUCUCUUUGGUGCCAUGGCUGCUGUAGGUCAGAAUGACUUUGUCUUUGACUGCAGAGGGCAGAGGAUGAUGUGUGGGGGUGUAAGGCAAGAAAAGGCAACGGCACAUGCAGAAUAUGAAAUGCUAUGUACAAAUUCAAAUGUAGUCUCAAGGCUGCAAACUGACAAAUUUGUCUAACAGUUGAGAGAGAGAUCGCAGGUGAGGAGACUGGAAAUAGGUCAUUACAGAGUGUUGUUGUAAACUGCCUGGUGUUGAGUUUUACAGCCUAUAAGAGCAAACACCUCACACUAUGUGUGUGACCCUGAAGUAAAGAUCACCUCCUUGUAAUAAUUUUCUGCAGGAAAGCUGACACCCCUUAUCCCAUUUCUCUUGUUUUGGUGCCAGUGACACCACGUUGAACUGUUUACGUUGUUCACAGAAUAACUAUAACAGUUUGGUCGGUGUGACAGUCGGGUGAAAUAUCUCACAGACAGUGGAUCACCUUCUUUUCCUUUAAUAGGCAUCAUUUAGUUUCUCGCCCUCACUCACCUCCCUCUUUCUCUCUCUCGCUCUCUCUCUCUCUCUGCGUCUCACUGUGUCAUAUGCUGCUCAUACUAUUCCUGCAUUCAAUUACUGCAGAUUUUUUUUUUUCCAACCAGCACUAGGUUAGCACCCCUGUCUUCAUGGGUCUCGCUCUUGUUUGCACUCGUCUCAAAAUCCAGACUGCAAAGAUAGCGGAGAAAAGGUCCUCAUGGUCCUUUUUAGUGCCUCUUUUCUCCUUUGGUAUGGGAAACUGCAUAGAUUGGCCUCUGAGAACGAUGCUCCAGGAUGCUGAGAGGAGAUUCAGAGGGGUGAUGUCCUGUGAGGAGAUGGGCCAGGCAGGGUAUCUUGAGCCUUAUCAGGAGUCCAUUGUUUCCAUGACACAAAACUGCGUUCUUGUGAGCAACGUACGGUUGCAAACCUGUGUCUUCCUGAGUAAAGGCAUGGCCACGUGCAGGCAGACUGACAGAGAGCUGCGUCCAGAGGAAAUUGAUGAGUUGCGGGAUGCUUUCAAAGAGUUUGACAAGGACAAGGAUGGUUUCAUCAGCUGUAAAGACCUUGGAAACUGUAUGAGAACUAUGGGAUACAUGCCCACUGAAAUGGAGCUGAUUGAACUGAGUCAACAGAUAAACAUGAACUUGGGAGGUCAUGUUGAUUUUGAGGAUUUUGUAGAGUUGAUGGGCCCCAAACUCCUCGCCGAAACUGCAGACAUGAUCGGAAUAAAAGAGUUAAAGGACGCGUUUAAAGAGUUUGACACUAACGGAGAUGGUGCCAUAAGCACAUCUGAGCUCCGAGAUGCAAUGAGGAAGUUAUUGGGCCAGCAGGUGGGUCUAAAGGAAGUAGAAGAUAUUCUGAGGGAGGUUGACCUGAAUGGUGACGGGCUUGUUGACUUUGAAGAGUUUGUACGAAUGAUGUCUCGCUAAGAUCUUGAAAUGAUUGGUCCUGAAUGUGAAGCUGUGUCCUUCUCCAUACUUGACCAAGAGCAACAGAGGACAUGCUAAGAUCUCUGAGCCAUCCGAUUCUGAAUGACACUGGAAUUAAAACUCCUUGAAUGUUGUGGAGCAAGGAGUCACCUCACACUUUCAAUCAGUGUCAAGUGUUCUUCCUGAAAAGUCUCCACUGAGUUCAACUGAGGCAGAAUUUGCUGUAGCCUAGCUGACGAUUGUCCAACUUGUGUUUUUGCACUUUAAUUCUCACUAAAUAACUUCCUGUGGCGAUAGAUCGCUGGUGUCUUGUCUCAUCUUCUACGUGGUAAAAAAAAGAAGUCUUACAAAAUGUUGCCUUCGAUGUACAACAAAGUCAGGAUGUUUAGAGGGAAUGCCUGUAGAAAGGAUGUAAAAGAUCAGUGCACUGUUUAACAUUUCAGUAUGUUUUCACACAGUAUGUGUUGUAUUACAAAUUGUAAGUGGAUUGUCAUUGGUGUGACAUUGGUGCUCCAACCAGGAACCCAUGUGGCAAUAUAACACCUGCAUUGUAACUGUGUGACCAUCUGUGGUUUUUCACUGUGCCAUUCGAGUCCUAUAAAAGCAUCACUGUCUGACAACUACAUGCAACGAAGAGGCAGAUCUUUGAUAUUAAACUCUGAAAUACAUUUCAUAUAUGUUAUUCGCUAUAGAUCAAGGGCAGUGUUAAUUGCAGCUCUGGUUUGCAGCAUCCUAUGUUUUUCAGUGCUCACAUGUUUAAUGUAGCUUUGGGAACAAGUAAUGUCUGUUUUUAAAAAUCCGUACCGCCCUGUCUGAGACCAUACAGUAGGAAUGACAUAUUUUAACUGUACUUACAGUGGAUGUGAUUAUGUUGUACCUGUACUGUAUGUCAGUGUCAAUAUGAUUGUAGUUGUGGUAACUUUCCACACAUCUGUGUUGUCGAAGCAAUUUCCAUGCAUGCCAAAGACAAAAAUUUAUUAAAAUUCAGUAUGCAGAUUUGCAUUUUUGUCUAACAAAGUAAAUAAAAUAUUUCAACAAGUUAACUGUAGAAAAAUAAAAGGUGUUUACAUUUGA